AUGAAUGAAUGUUUAUGUCAAACAGGAUUUCCCAAACAAUUUCAAACAAUAUUGAAUAUAACUGGAUUAUAUUCAUGGCAAACAUCAACACAUGGCGUCCAACAGCUAUUAUAUGAUUAUACAAACUUACGAGUUCGGUUUGAUAUUCAAGGAUGGCGAUCGCAACAAAAUGAAACCUAUCUAAUUAAAUAUAAACCUGAAGGUGCCGAAGCAGGUUCACCAGCUUCUCAAGGCUACUCAAUGUUUAAUUUCAACCCUGAUUAUCCAGAAUUGACAAAAAAUGAUUGUUGGUAUAGAACAGAUCCUAUGGGGGAUAUUGGCCCAUUUCCUAUCUCAUGGUUUUAUGGUCAAGAGAAGCCUUUUGAAAUUCAACCGUGGUUUCCAUUACCAUCAAAUCUCAUCAAUAAAGGAGAAGAAUGGAUACCAGAAAUUCAAAAGAAUGCAAUAAGAUACGAUUCACCAGAGCUUUGUGAUUUAGUAAACUCUGGUUAUGGAAUAGUACCAUGUUUAAGCUACUUCGAAGGACAAGAUACGCCCGUAAAAACAAUUCGUGCUCGUGCUGCUAGUGGUUUUUAUGAUAGUGAUGAGUACGUAAGUACUGUCUAUCUAUCAUUUACAAAAGGUAUUCCAUCAGAAGCAGAAUAUUUGUUCAAUUUACCUAAUCAUUGGCCUUCAUAUUGUGGAAAUGCAAACACCGGUUUUACUGUAGAACCUAUGCAUGGAUUUGUCGUAACUCCUAAUGGUCAAGAUCAUUUUGCAUUAAAAUUGCAAACACCGCCAGUUCGUUCACUUGGUGACCAAAUCAAAGUUGAAUUUAGAGUACAACCAUCGUGGUAUUAUAAUGGCACACGUUGUGCUGAAUUCAAUAGUAUUGUUUUCAACCAAGACAAUUGGCAUGAACCACAACAAGUUGAUAUGUCAUUCGGUGAUUACGGUUGUUGUACAUACGCAAUUACAGCAACUGGUGGGGGAUACGAGUGGCAAUAUGCAGUAUCAACAUUUGUUGUUUAUGCAUGUGAUGGGCAAGCUGGAUAUGGUUGCAGUGGUAAACAGCCGUGUGGUGCUUGA